AUGGCAGAAGAGACAUCAGUCGAAGCAGUGGCAGCGUCCGCGACCUCAUCUCCAGCGGGGAAGAAGGCGAAGGCGGCCAAGAGCGGCGCCGCGAAGAAGCCACGCGUGAAGCCGACGCACCCGAAGACCUCUGAGAUGGUGACGAACGCCAUCAAGAACCUGAAGGAGCGCGGCGGCUCCUCGCUGCAGGCCAUCAAGAAGUACGUGGCGGCCAACUACAAGGUGGACGCCGAGAAGCUGGCGCCCUUCAUCCGCAGAUACCUGAAGUCCGCCGUGACGAGCGGCGCGCUGGUGCAGACGAAGGGCAAGGGCGCGUCCGGAUCGUUCAAGCUGGCCGGCGCGCCGAGCAAGAGCGAGAAGCCCGUGGCGAAGAAGCCGCGCGGCCCGUCCAAGAAGACGUCGGCCGGCGAGAAGAAGGUGAAGAAGAGCCCGGCGUCGCCCAAGAAGAAGCCCACGGCGGCGGCCAAGAAGGCCGUGGCGGCGAAGAAGCCCAGCGGCGAGAAGAAGGCCGCGAAGAAAGUUGCGUCUCCGGCGAAGAAGAAGGUGGCGCCCAAGCAGAAGCCCACGAAGGCGUCCGCGAAGUCGGCGGGCACGAAGCCGAAGGUGCCGAAGCCCAAGAAGACGGGAUCGCCGAAGAAGGCCGCGGCGCCGAAGAAGACGGCGGCCAAGAAGAAGUAAAGCAGCAGCUCAGCGUCUUCCAUCAUCUUUCCCACAUUGGGACCCCAGAAAAACAGCCCUUCUCAGGGCUAUCAA